AUGGUCACUAGGAUGCCAACUUUUCGUCAGGCAGCUCGGGAUGGAAAGCCCACUGCACAGAAGAAGCGAUACCCGUUACUACCAUGGAUCACAGAUCCGACUCUUAAUGUGAAAGAAGGGCCGACGCAUUUCUCGUUUUCCCAGCGCCACGAAGCCAAUUCAAUGGAGCUAUUCUUUGACCUUUUCUUCGUGGCUAACUUGGCUCUGUUCACCCAAUAUCACAUCAUAGUGGAUAAUGACGGCUUUGUGAACUAUGUUGCUUUCUUCGGUAUUCUCUGGGGCACAUGGUUCUCGAUAACCAUGUUUGACGUUCGCUUCGCAGAUGACUGUAUGUAUGAGCGUGCAUGCAAACUGGUACAAUGUGCCGUAUUCGUCGUGUUCUCACUUGUCGGAUCACAUUUCCAGCCAACCGGUAGUCGGACGUACGGUAUCAGCCAAACACCUUCCAACGAGACUCUUCAAAUACUGAGCUAUGCUCUUGCUGCCAGUCGCGCGUUAUUCGCAAUUCAGUAUCUCAACGUAGCAUAUUUCUGUUACAUUCGCGGUCUCAAGCAAGUCAUUCUACCAGUCGUCUUGAACGUCUUGUGCUAUUCUAUCUCGGCAACAGCACUCGGGCUUCUGAGUCUCGCGUUUCGUACUCCGGAUUAUCUAAGAUAUGUUUACGUCGUCUGGUACGCCACAAUGGUCAUCGAAAUCAUCUGUGUAUUGGGUGUGUCAGCAAAGUGGCGCGACAUCAGCUUCAAACACACACAUCUUGUUGAGAGAAUGGGACUUUUGACACUCAUUGUCAUUGGCGAAGGUAUUCUUGGAAUUGGGAAGACGAUAUCGAUUAUCCUCCGUACAACCCAAGUAUCAGAGUACUAUGGACUGACAUUGGUAAUCCUCUUGAUCAUCUUCAUGAUGUACGCAAUCUACUUUGAUAGUACACCUGAUGGCCUGAUCGGUACUCUACGACAACAGUUCUGGGCUUUUUUGCAUUUCCCACUUCACCUAUCGAUCAUCGGUGUGGUAGAAGGAGUGCAGCAGCUAGUACGGGGGCGAUACUUUCAUAACACCAUCCUCGAUUUUGCGGAUGAUAUACAGGAUCUCUGCGCCUACCAGCAUCUCGAAGGGUCCCAGCUUGUGGACCCAUUACAACUUGUGGUCGACAAUCUCAAGCUUGAGGACAAAGCAAACUCUCUACAACUUAUACCGCUGAUUAAUGACUCCUUGCAACGCGUCGCGAAUACGACGGGGAUCUGCAAUCCAGAAAACACACGUGACAUUCUCGCCUCUCCUGUUGGCUCUUCGAACUGGGUAUCAGCGCUAACAGAACCCAUUUACAAUCUGUUCUCAUCAGUGGCCGGUGGUAUUUACGCCUCGACGCUGGUGGACAACCAAGUUCCGACAGCCGAGCAAAUACAUGGCUUGGAACGAGACCUCUACACGCCAGCAUACAGCUAUUUCUGGGGCGCACUAGCACUGUUUGCAGCAACUACCGUUGUCCUGAAUCUUCUCUCUCGUCGAACAGCCUUCGACAUAUCAAUGUGGAUCGCGAUUGCCGCGCGUGUACAUGUAACGAUCGUUGCAAUCGUACUUGGCGUCGUGGGUGGGGUAGAUAUUGUGUUUUACUCCAAGUUCGGCUUCUCUGUGGGGGUGGCACCAAUCGCGUUCGCAUGUUUGUUCUGGAUAUUCGGCGCCGAUCAUGUCGGCCGUCUCUUCAGCAACCUAGCGCUUGAUAAGUCAGGGGGCCCGGACGAUGCGAGCGAUGAAGAGAAGAAAGCCAACGGAGACUCGGAGGACCAGCUCCUGCCCGGAACUACGUAUUUUCCAGCACCAAGGCAUAUAGAUGACGAAUGA